AUGAAUAUGAUGAGCUCUUUCAGUUCUUCCCGCGAGGAGGAAGAGGAUUCAUCAGAUCCACAGUGCCAGCAGCUGGUACCCCAGCCGUCGCGCGGAUUCAUCGGCACCGGGGCCUCUGCCGCAAAUGCAAUCCGCAUGAAUAUGCGCCAAUUACUAAUUAGCUGUGCGGAGCUGGUGUCUCAGUCCGACUUCCGCGCUGCUUACCACUUGCUCUCCCUCAUCUCAGCCAACUCCUCUCCUUCCGGUGACUCCACCCAGAGAUUGGUCCACCAAUUUGCAGCAGCCCUCUCUCUGCGGCUCAAAAGAAUGAUCCGCCCAGCCGCUGCGCAUGCCGGCGGAGGUCAUCAUCAUCUCAGCUCCUUCAUGAUGACCAACAUUAAAAAUAGCAGUAUCAAUAAAAAUAAGAAUAUCAAUAAUAAUUAUUCUAUCACAAAUAUUGUUGCAACAGCAGCUGCAAGUGGUGGUGGUGCAAGUAGUAGUUGUGUGGCCGAGUACUACUGCUCGUCGUCGCCAGAGACUCUCCAGUCCUCUUAUCUAUCUCUAAACCAAAUCACGCCCUUUGUCAGGUUCAGCCAGCUUACAGCAAAUCAAGCCAUCUUAGAAGCCACGGAAGGCCAGCAGGCGAUCCACAUCAUCGACUUCGACAUCUUGCACGGGGUGCAAUGGCCACCACUGAUGCAGGCCAUUGCCGAUCGUCAUCGUACUAGUUUACCCGAAAGUUGUAAUCACGAUCAUCCUCGGCCUCCCACUCCUAUGCUAAGAAUCACCGGAACUGGCCAAGAUUUGGAGCUCCUCCGCCGAACCGGCGACCGCCUUCUCAAGUUUGCGCAGUCCGUGGGCCUAAACUUUCAAUUCCACAUCCUUCUUCUAAAUCAUGACGACGACCCUGCUGCUGCUGCUUCCAUGGCAGGUGCUGAAGAUGAUGAUCUGAUCAGCUGCCUCCCUUCUGCGCUUGCGCUCCUCCCUGACGAAGUCCUGGCCGUGAAUUGCGGGUUUUAUCUGCACAGACUUCUUAGGGAUGAUAACCGCUUGAUCAGCCUUUUCCUCCAAAAGAUUAAGGCCAUGAAGCCCAAAGUGGUGACCGUGGCGGAAAGGGAAGCGAACCACAACCAACCUGUGUUCUUGGAGAGAUUUGUGGAAGCCGUGGACCACUACACCGCCAUCUUUGAUUCGCUGGAAGCAACUGUGCCGCCUAACAGCCGGGAAAGGCUGGCUGUGGAGCGAAUAUGGUUUGGAAAAGAAAUAGUGGACAUUGUGGCGGCAGAGGGAGACCAAAGAAGAGAGCGGCACCAGAGGUUGGAGUCAUGGCAGGCGAUGCUGAGGGGCUCAGGGUUUUCCAAUGUUCCGUGGAGUGGUUUCGCUUUGUCACAGGCCAAGCUCCUACUAAGGCUCCAUUAUCCGUCUGAGGGCUACCAUCUCCAGUCUCUCAACGAUUCCGCCUUAUUCCUUGGUUGGCGAAACCAACCUCUUUUCUCAGUUUCUUCCUGGCACUAA